AGGGCCCUGCAGUGCAUGGCCGGAGGGUUGGGCGACAUGAACGUGCGCGUGGACCCGAGCAGCCUGUCCUUCAGCAUGUGGAAGGAGAUCCCCGUGCCCUUCUACAUGUCCGUCUACUUCUUCGACGUGGUCAACUCGGACGCGGUUCUGCAGGGCGCGGCGCCGGAGGUGCGGGAGCGCGGGCCCUACGUGUACAGGCAGUUCAGGCACAAGAAUAGCAUCUCCUUCAACAACAACGACACGGUGUCCUUCCGGGAGAGGUGCUCCUUCCAGUUCCAGCCCGAGAGGUCCCGCGGCUUGGAGAGCGACCACAUCAUGCUGCCCAACAUCCUGGUCCUGGCCGCCUCGACCAUGAUGGAGCACCGGCCCAUGAGCCUGAAGCUGCUGAUGACCUUAAUGCUCACCACCAUGGGGCAGCGCGCCUUCAUGAACCGCACGGUAGGCGAGGUCAUGUGGGGCUACGACGACCCGCUGCUGGACCUCAUGAACAAGUACUUCCCCGGCACGCUGCCCUUCAAGGGCAAGUUCGGGCUGUUUGCGGGGAUGAACAACUCGGACUCCGGGCUCUUCACCGUGUUCACAGGGGUGAAGAACCUCAGCCGCAUCCACCUGCUGGACAAGUGGAACGGGCUCAGCAAGGUCAACUACUGGCACUCGGACCAGUGCAACAUGAUCAACGGCACCUCCGGGCAGAUGUGGCCGCCGUUCAUGACCCCCGAAUCCUCGCUGGAGUUCUACAGUCCUGAGGCCUGCAGGUCCAUGCGGCUCGUCUACCAGGAGCAGGGCGUGUUCCAGGGCAUCCCCACCUACCGCUUCGUGGCCCCUAACACCCUGUUCGCCAACGGCUCCGUCUACCCGCCCAACGAGGGCUUCUGCCCAUGCCUGGAGUCUGGCAUCCAGAACGUCAGCACCUGCAGGUUCGGUGCGCCCCUCUUCCUCUCCCACCCGCACUUCUACAACGCCGACCCGGUCCUGGCGGAGAGGGUGCUCGGCCUGCACCCCAACGCGGAGGAGCACGCCCUCUUCCUGGACAUCCACCCGGUCACCGGGAUCCCCAUGAACUGCUCCGUGAAGCUGCAGCUCAGCCUGUACAUGAAAGCCAUCAAGGGCAUCGGGCAAACAGGGAAGAUCCAGCCGGUGGUCCUGCCGCUGCUGUGGUUUGCGCAGAGCGGGGCCAUGGAGGGCGAGCCGCUCCGCACGUUCUACAGGCAGCUGGUGCUGACCCCUAACAUCCUCUACUACACUCAGUACGUGCUGCUGGCGCUGGGCAGCGCGCUGCUGCUCAUCCCGGUCGUCUACCAGGUCUGCAGACAGGGUCCCAAGGACGCCCUGGGCCAGCAAGGCCAGUCCACCUGGUCGGAGCAGCCGCCCAGCCCCUGCACGCCCCUGCUGCAGGAGCCGCUGCCCCCGCAGCCCGCGGCCCGCGCCUGAGCCCACUGCACCCAGCCUGCCCGCGCGGGCCGAGCCGGGGACACUCAGGGACGGAGCCGCACCCGGGGCCCAGAAGAGGCUGGCGACGCGCGCUGCUCUGGAAGCUUCUCCCAGCGGCCACAGCGGCCUGGGCGCCAUGUCCCCUCCCUCGGGCACGCCCAGCCCAGCCCAUGUCACCAGCCCUUGACAGCUCUUGUUCCCGGUCCCUCCUGUCCUGCAGCACACAUGCAGCCCCACUGGCCACCUUCUGCACGGGACGGGCCACCGCACUGGGCCAGGCCGCGCCUCCGUGCCAAAGCAGGGCUGUGGGGCUCAGGACGUGAGGGGACCAGGUGCCCUCAGCGGCUGCCCUCGCCCCACCGUGGGCGCCGGGGUCCAGAGGAGCGCACAGCCCAGGCCGGAGUCCGGGUCCUUUUCCCCGGCCACCGACCACAUCCUGUGUACUGAGCCGCCCCCAGCUCGCCGGGGCCGAGGGAGGGGCUGGGGCCUGGCCUGGUGGUCCCUGGGCAUCUCUAGGGAGGGGGGCCCUCUGCCCGGCUCCUGGCUCCUGGACGAGCCCCCAUGUCUUUUCUACCAGAAGAGAAAGGAGUUUUACCAUCUUACAACAAGCUCACCAUGAAAGCAAUAAACCUUUUACAGAAC